AUGGCGGCGGCGCUGCGCUGGGACCUCCCGCGGUGGGAGGCCGCGCUGCGUCGUUGGGUGCUCGCGAGCUCGCCGAGGCACGGGGUCGCGAUCGACGCGGCGACGAGGGACCAUGUCUGGGUGCUGGUGCGGCUGUGUCUGAAGGCGGCAGCCUCGGAGGCAUGCUGCUCCCUGGAGCGUUCCAUGAACGGAGUCGUUGGAGGAUCUGGGUUUGAUCCAAUGGCCGUAAGGUUUGAGUGCCCAAGGCUUGUGGAGGGCGUCUCAUGGCUGGGUGCACAGCUCGCGAUCCUGUAUGGGGAGGGCAGUGGGAGAUCCUUUGCGAUUGCCGCGGUGAGGGAGGCUAUUCUGCAGGUGGGUUCUUGUUUAGCUGUUGGUGUUGGAGAUGCUGUUGACAGCGGUAGCGGCGGAGAGGCAGGAGCUAGUGGAGGAUCAGGUGUACAAGGAAGUGAUUCUGGAAAUGUUGAGAAGCAUUCUGUGCCUGUUGCUCAAGUUGCUGCUGCCAUUGUGGCACUGUAUGAGAGGUUCUCUUUGGAAGAGAAGAUCAAGGCACUGCGAGCACCACACCCAUCAAAAUAUCAGCUAUUACUGGAAUAUUCACAAGCAUUGCAGCGAGGCCACGAGGAGCGAUCAAAGCGACCAAACUACAGAGCCGUUCUGGAGUAUGAUGGUAUUAUAUCACGCCGAGUAGAUAGCCAGGAAUCUGAUAGAGCCAAGACUAGAGAAGAGCUUUUAGCGGAAGAGCGAGAUUACAAGCGAAGAAGAAUGUCGUACCGUGGCAAGAAAGUGAAGAGAAAUCCAAAAGAGGUAUUAAGAGACAUAAUUGAUGCGCAUAUGGAAGAGAUCAAACAGGCAGGAGGGAUUGGUUGUCUUUUGGAUGUGCCUGGUGAUAUUGCGCAGAGUAAGCUUAAGCACAGUCCACAUGAAGGCACAUACCAUGGAAGUUAUAAUCCUACGAGCAGUUCUUAUGAUAAUGAAGUUUCUGGUCUUCAGUCAGUCAGUUGUGAAAAAUUACCAUGUGCUGAUUCUUUUGGAAUAGUUUCAUCAAGGAACCAUGGCACGAGGGAUUCAUAUAAGGACUUAAGAAAUGGAAGUCAUCAACGCCGGUAUCAGAAAGUAUCUGAUAAUGAGAACAGAAGGAGUAAAGAUUCAGAAAGCAAAGUAGAUCAAAGGUAUUCUCGCAAUCAUGAGAACAGCAGACAUGAAAGAAAUUCUGAUGAUCAUAGGAAAUAUGGUUAUAAGUAUAACAAAGAUGGCUCAGACUACUAUUCUGAAUCCACUGGUUGCACAAGAGACCGCAUGUCAAGAGUCAGAAGCAAUGAUAUGAGUAUAGCUAGUCAUACCCGACGUAGAUCAGUGUCUGUCACUCAAGAUAAGUUCAGUGAUAGAUAUGAUCCCCAAAAUCCAUAUUCUGAUGUAGAUCCUGCAACAAGCAUGUUUGAUGAUGGAUCUGCAGGCCAGCCUGAGUUAUACCAUGAUGGGAUGCAUCAUAGAAGGAAACGUGAUUGUCAAUACUGAAAAAAUAUAAACAGUUGCCCUUUUUUGGUCAGGCAACAGUAUUGGGAAGUAAAGCUGCAAACUCUUAGAAAUAGUUUAGCUGGAAUGCUGGAUUAACAUUUCUUCCUAGCUUUCCUGAAAUGCUUGAGUUUCUCUAGGUCGUUUAUGUUAUUUCUUUUUAUACUAGUAAAUGUGAUCUGUAUUGCCCUUCGGAUGUAUUAGUGUAGGGUUGAUGUUAUGUAACCAAGGAACAUAGCUUGGACUGUUUGGUGGUCAUCACAUGAAAUUUAUAUUCGGUACUGCACAUCUCCUGAAGGCACACUUCAGGCGUUGUUUUAAAGCAAAUUUGGUUCCAUGACAUCGAAAUAUGCUGGUUUUAGAAAUAUACCACUGAAAGAUC